CGCGUGUCUACCAAGUACUGAAUUUUUGUGUUUCGAUCUAUUUUAGAGAGAGAGAGUUCAAUCCGAAAUGGAUUUGUUACCAAGACUUGUUAAGGCAACAUCAAAUUUCCAGCAGAUGUUGUAUGACCUUCGAAAAACUAAAAUUGCUGAAAAUGUUGAAAAAGGAUAUUCUGAAGUCUUGGAAGCUCUUAAAGAUGCUGCAAAGUCACAAAAACAGCUUUUAAAUCAUUGUCAAGAACUUAAUGCACAAAUUGCUAUAAGUGAAAAAAGAAUUCAAGAAGCUGAAGGUAAAAGAUAUGAAGCUGAAAAGGCUUUGGAUACACUAAAAAAGGAGAUGGAACAAGCAUGCAAAUGCUUUGAAAAUUUUGAGGAAAGGGAAAUUGAAUUCAAGAAACAAAUAUUAGAACUUGAAGCAAAAAUUUCUCAGUUAGAAAAUAAAGAAGAUACCUCUAUACCUGAAAAAGAGAGAGCAUUUCAAAUAGAAGUAGAAAGAGAGAGAAAAUUGCUGAAUGCCAGAAUUUCAGAAUUAGAAGCUGAUUUAAAAAUAAGAAAAACUACUGAAGAAGAGAUCAAAUCAAAGUUAUUAGAAACAAUGGAAGCAAUGCAUAAAUUAGAGGGAAAUCUUGAAAAUCUGCGAUUGAAACUUAAGCAAGAAUUAGGAAGAAGUCAAAAAGUUACCAAAGACAGACUUUUGGUUGAGAAAGAAUUAAAAGCUAAGAAAGACAGAAUUAAUGAAUUAGAUGAAACUGUGACUGUCUUAAAAAGAAAUAUCACUAUUACAGGAAAGAAGAUCAAUAAUUAUGAAUCCAUAGUUUCUCUUCAUCAAUCGAAAAUCAACUACUUGCAAGAACUAUGCAUUGAAGCUCAAGAACAUGUAAAACUUCAGCUCCAAAACCUAAAAUCAGUUUCAAAUGAAAGAGACAAAUUGGCUGUUCUACUAAAUAAAAAAGAUGAUGAUAUGAAGAAUUUAAACACAAAAUUGGUGAAUAGUAUAAAUGAGAAAGAGUCAUUGCUGCAGAAAUUCCUGACUGCGCAGAACCAAAAGCAGAAUAUUGAGUCUAAAUAUGAAUCACUAAGAAAGCAAUUGCUAAAUUAUGAAGGAGUCUUUGCCUUCAACCAUAUUUUGCUUGUUCACUUAUGAAGCAUCAAACAAG